UUUUAGACGUCACUUGUCAACAUUGUCAAUAGUGUCAAAGUCAAAGUUUUGUCCUCUUUCAUUUCUAGUUUUGAAAAGAUGUCCACUCACAAGAAAAAGACUAGGAAGCUUCGUGGUCAUGUUUCCCACGGACAUGGUCGUAUUGGUAAGCACCGCAAGCAUCCCGGAGGUCGCGGUAAUGCUGGUGGUAUGCACCACCACAGGAUAAACUUUGACAAAUACCAUCCUGGUUAUUUUGGAAAGUUAGGUAUGAGAAAUUACCACGUAAGAAGGAACAGUAAAUGGUCUCCUGCCAUUAAUCUAGACAAACUGUGGACCCUUGUCAGUGAUCAGACGAGGCUGAAAUACAAAGACCAUCCUGAAGGCAAAGCUCCAGUGAUCGAUAUUGUGAAAGCUGGCUACUACAAACUUUUGGGCAAAGGCCGCCUUCCUGACCAACCUGUUAUUGUUAAAGCCAAGUUCUUCUCCAAAUCUGCGGAGGAUAAAAUCAAGGCUGUUGGAGGAGCUUGUGUUUUGUCAGCUUAGGUUAUAAAAUAAAUUUUUAAGAAAAGGUU